AUGACCAUCUCCUCAUACACCUGGAGCUGUUUACACAAAAAGUCUAUCCUUGGUAUCAACUUUGGUCAAUCAUACGCCUCCAUUGCCGUCAUCGACAAGGAGGGCCACCCCACAUGUAUCGCCAACGAGGAGGGUGAGAGGCAGAUCGCCUGUGCCAUCUCCUACGCCGGCGAGCAGGUCUACAUCGGUAACGGGGCCAAGCCUCACCUCGUCAAGAAUGGCAAGAACACCAUCAUGGGCUUCCGAAACCUCCUCGGCCACUCUUACGACGAAGUCGACCACACCGCCAUCCUCACUGCUCCCCUGAUCUCCACCUCCACCACCCCUGCCUACACUGUCGACGUCCUUAUCCCUCCCCCCGCCAAGGGCAACAAGUCUGGCGCUACUUCUGGUGCUGCCACCCCUGCCGCCGAGCCCGUCGCUUCCCAAAAGACCCUCUCCGUCCCCGAGGUCACCACCUUGUUCCUCUCUACCCUCUUCACCUCUGCGACCGAUUUCCUCGGUACCAAGCCCACCGCCGCCGUCAUUUCUGCGCCCUCAUGGUUUACCGCCGAGCAGAAGGACGCUCUGAGAAAAGCUGCCAAGGCUGCUGGCAUCAACGUGCUCCAGGUCUUGGACGAGGCCGCCGCCGUCCUUGUCGGCUACAGGACUGGUCUGAGUGAGGAGAGGAAGGAGAGGGGUCUUUUGGUCGUCGUGCUCGACAUGGGAGAGACUUCUUUGAACGUCACUGUCGCCCAGGUGUCUGAGGGAGAGUACACCGUCUUGGCCAAGGGCCAGGACGACAAGGUCGGUGGUAGGGAAUUCGACAACUUGCUCUUGAAGCACUUUGCCAAAGAGUUUACCAAGAAGACCAAGAUCGCCCUCGACCUCCCCUGUGGCGAGUCUGCCCCUGACGCCGACAAGCGAGCCGAGGCCAAGCUCCGUCUUGCUGUCGAGCACACUAAGCGAUCAUUGUCUGCUUCCAGCGGUGCCGCCACCUGUGCCGUCGAGUCCCUCAAGGACGGUUACGACAUCUCUUCUUCCAUCAACCGACUCCGAUUCGACGGUCUCGCUGCCCCCGUGUACCGAAAGAUUAGCGCUGUCGUCUCCAACAUUGUCAAGGAGGCCGACCUUGACCUUGCUCAGAUUGAUGAGGUCCUCCUGGCCGGUGCUUCCACCCUCUUCCCCGGAUUACAAUCCAACCUUUCCUACUCUUUCCCUGCCACCACCCCCGUCACCGCUACUAUCGACCCUGCCGAGGUGAUUGCUGUCGGCUGUGCCCUCGAGGCUUUGCACCUUUCCACCCUUUCAGACGGUCUCAAGAUUGAGGACGUGCUCGCUACCGCCGCUGAGGGCAAGGUCGACACCACUUCUGCCCCUAUCGGUAUCGUUCUUCCCGGACAAGAAGCCAACACCCUCGCUGCCGUCGUCGUCGAGUCUGGUGCCCCUCUUCCCGUCAGGAGACGAGUCGCCAUCCCUGCCCCCGCCGGCAAGGUCGCCCUUGAGCUCUGGGAAGGUAAGCACGAGGUCAACGUCGACCUCAUCCAGCCUCCUCCCCGAGAGAAGGACGAGGACGACGAGGAUGAUGAGGAUGACGAAGAAGAUGAGCCCGAGGAGGUCAAGACUGCCAUCACUGUCAAGACCAAGGCUCUUGGUGCUGUCGAGGUUGAGCUGAAAAAGGAAAACAACCUUGUGCUCGAAGUUAUCGUCCAGCGAGGUGGUGGCCUCGAGGUCAGGGCUUGGGAAGAGGGGCGUGAGGAGGAGGCCGACAAGUUUGAGGCUUAG